AUGUCUUCCCGUGAUGUGGACGCUGAGAAAGCCUUUCAGGAUGUUCAGAUUGAACAUGUCUCAGAUACAGUCUUACCAACUGAAGAUAGGGGAGCACGGAAGCAACCAGGCGAAGUCUUCCCCGGUAUUACAAAAGAAAGCAUACUGGCGUUUCUGGCCAUAUGCACACAACUCAGCGCCUACGAGAUGACGCUGCUCACACCAGCUGUCGCGAUCGGCUACAUCAAUGCCGAGCUCGGCCCGUCGCCAAACUAUGCUUGGAUUAAUAUAACCUGGUCUCUUGGAGCAGCAAUUCUGGUAUCAGUGGGUGGACGCCUGUCAGACAUCUUCGGACGCCGCUAUUUUAUGCUUUGCGGCGCGAUCAUAUCGUUCGUUGGAACUAUCGUCGGUGCCACCGGCCAGAGCAUCGCUCAAAUGAUCGUGAGCGGAGUCUUGUUUGGUAUUGGAUCCGGGUUUCAGGAGAUGGGGUUCGCCUGCAUCAUGGAAUUCAUCCCGAAUCGGUACCGUGUCACUGCACUGGGACUAUACGGAACUCUAGCCCUGCCCUGCAUAUGUACGCCUCUUAUCACCUACGCCUUCAUCGCGCAUACCUCGAUAGGGUGGCGGGGCGCCUACUGGGUCAUGACUGGAUGGCAUGGCUUCGGCUUGCUCUGCAUGUAUUUCUUCUACCACCCGCCGACGUUCAACACAAAACAUGGCGAAGAGAGAGUUUCUAAGUGGACGCUACUAAGAGAACUCGACUAUAUUGGCUUGUUCCUCUUCACCGCCGGCACGACGCUGUUCCUGGUUGGCCUCAGCUUUGGUGGCCGACGUUAUCCUUGGGUUUCUGCGACCGUCAUCGCUCCGAUCGUGGUGGGAUUCUCGUGUUUUGUAGCGCUCUUCGUAUGGGUCUUCAAUGUUCCCAUGAAGUAUCCUUUGCUCCCUCCACAACUUUUCCGUCAAUGGCGCGGGUACAAUGUUCUGGUCGUUGUCAGCUUCUGCCUUGGCAUGCUCUACUAUAGCAUGCAGGUACUCUGGCCGCGCCAGUCGUCUUUGCUCUUCGCAUCCGCAGAUCAGCCCAUCAUGAGAGGCGUGUAUGCCAACUUGACACUUUGGGGCACGUGGCUUUCACUCAUCUCCGUAUGGGUCGUGUGUGCCAGGAUCGGCCACGAAAAGUGGCAGAUCAUGUUCUUCGUCUGCGUACAGACGGUCCUCAUUGGUUGCCUAUCAUCCGUACAGGUUGAUCAGAAAGCUAAAGCCAUCGCACUGGUAUUCAUCAUGUCGUGCUUUAUCAACCAAGCCCUUUACUUGCUCUUUGGAAUGGUAUCUCUUAAUAUCAAGGACCAAGGCGACAUGGGAGUGGCUAUCGGAGCCAUGUCCACUUUCCGACUGUUAGGUGGAGCAGUGGCCACGGCCAUUUACUCUAGUAUUGUCGACAAUCAAUUCGCUGGCAAGCUACCCACCCAAUUGCGUGCUGCCGUAGCAGGGACCGACUUCGAUCCAAAGAACCUCGCCACUCUAGCACAGGCCGCUGCGAUCAAUACCGCGGCAGCCUACAAGAAGGUGCCCGGAAUCUCGGACCAAAUUGUUGCUGCCAGUCAAUGGGCCGUCAAGCUAGCAUAUGUCGAAGCCUUCAAAGUCGUAUACUAUACAGCGCUCGGCUUUGCUUUGCUAGCAAUUGGGAGCGCACUGUUGGUUUCGAAUACCGAUCCGGCAAAGAAGAACAUGGACAAGGCUGUGAUCCUUGAGAACGAGAAGCAGUCGGCAUCCGGAACCACAAGCAAAACAGAGCUGUUCUAG